GUGAAAUGUUGAGAAUGCUACGGGAAGACCAAAAGCUAUCAUUGGUGCACAUGUCAUCAAAAAUUGUUCAAAGCACAAGCCCAGUGCAUCGCACCUGCUCUGUUCAUUCUUAGUGAACUAAGGUACGGGGUAGACCCAACUUAUUAUUCAGCGUUCCAGCAACCUAGGACCUUUUUGCAACAUUUUGAUACAAUACUUAACGACCUACGCUGCCACAACCUGGCCAGUUCCAAUUCUCAACAUGGUCUAAAAGUUCAACUCAUUGCCCUUGACCUUGUGAUUGCGUACCCUCCAACACGAAAGAGAGAAACUCGGGCACUCGCAAAAAUAUGACGGAUCAACAAUCGUCUUCGGACGUUGCAUCUAACGGCAGCUUACUACACAGCACGGAUUCCUGUCAUUCGAAUGCUCCAAUUGGUCUGAAAUGGCGAUCAAAUACUCUGUUCAUCUGCCUGACAGUGGGCAUCGGAGCAUUUACAGACAUGUUCCUUUAUGGUCUCAUCGUACCGGUACUCCCGUUCAUGCUCCAGGACCGUGUCAAACUCCCCGAGUCUGAGAUUCAAACAACGAUAUCUAAUCUGUUAGCGAUCUAUGCGGCAGCAUCAUGUGUAGCAUCACCUCUUGCUGGUGUUAUGGCAGAUCGAUUUGCUUCCUCUCGGCAAUUCCCUUUCCUGAUCGGUCUGAUCUUGCUGCUGGCAUCCACUGUUCUUCUUGCCUUGGGGAGUUCCAUUCCGGUACUGGCCCUUGCACGAGCUCUUCAAGGUGCAUCAGGUGGAUUCGUUUGGACGAUCGGUUUGGCACUACUCAUUGAGACAGUCGGACAGGAGAAUCUUGGAAAGGCGCUUGGAACAGUCUUCAGCUUCUGUUCGGUGGCGGGACUUUUUGCGCCAUUGGUCGGUGGCAUCCUCUAUGCGAAAUCUGGAUAUUUUGGUGUUUUUGGUCUCGGGAUCGCUUUCAUCGCCAUCGAUUUCUUCAUGCGGAUCUUCAUGAUCGAGAAGAAGCAGGCAGAAAAAUAUAUCACUCCCUGUGAUUCAUACACUGGUUCAUCAGACGUUAUCGCCGACGAGAACACGCCUCUCCUAGCAAGCUCAUCUACCCCUGAUUGCAAUAGUAAAUACCGCCUUCCAGAACCAGCGUCUCGGAUCACGAAGGAAUUUCCCAUCCUGUUGCUCCUCCAUUAUCCAGCCCUAGUCACCGCCUUCUUCAUUGGUCUCAUCCAGGCGUUAUUGCUAGGCGCAUACGACGCAACCGUCCCACUCGUCGCUUCUUCCUUCUACGGAUUCGACAGCCUCAAGGUUGGCCUACUCUUCCUGCCACUAGGUGGGUCGGACUUUUUCCUCGGACCCGUCUUCGGGUGGUGUGUGGAUCGCUGGGGCACUAGGAUCAUCGCAGUGAUCGGUUUCACCUUUCUCAUCCCCGCGCUUGCCCUCCUCCGACUCACCGAAGUCGUAACGGAGAUCGAUCUCGGCCGCCAAAUUGCCAUGUAUGCGAGCUUGCUCGCACUCAACGGCAUUGGACUCGCCAUGAUCGGCCCCGUCUCAAUGGUCGAGUCCGGCAACAUCAUUGACAAGUACUACAAGGCGAAUACGGAGCUUUUUGGCGGGCGAGCACCAUACGCACAACUUUAUGGUAUCAGCAGCAUGAUGUGGUGUCUAGGCUUAACCGUGGGCCCGCUCAUGGCUGGCGCACUAAAGGAAAAGAUUGGGUACGGAAACAUGAACGCUGUCCUUGCAGGAAUCUGCGGGUUCACAGCGAUUCUCUCAGGUAUCUUUCUGCGAGGUAGAGGGAAGGCGAAGCGCGCAGCUAUUGAGGAUGACUACUAGACGUGGCAUCUUCGUUGUUGACCAAAAUGCUUGACAGGCGUUUGUCGUUCAUGUUGGCGCGCCACAGCUAUCAUCGAUUCUUCCACACCACUCCAAAAAUUAUUAUACCCUUACUAUGCUAUCAGUUACCAAUCAGUACUAAUC